CGCCAUUUUGACCAGACUGCGAAUUUGUUGCUAUUUGAUUGUGCUGCAUUCGUACCAUCACAGAAAUAAUCAUGGGUAGGAAGAAAAAGAAGCAAAUGAAGCCAUGGUGUUGGUAUUGCAACAGAGAUUUCGACGACGAGAAAAUCCUCAUUCAACACCAAAAGGCGAAACAUUUCAAAUGCCAUAUAUGUCACAAGAAAUUGUAUACGGGUCCAGGUUUAGCUAUUCAUUGUAUGCAGGUUCACAAAGAAACGAUAGAUGGAGUCCCUAAUGCCAUCCCUGGCAGGACUGACAUUGAGUUGGAAAUAUAUGGUAUGGAAGGAAUUCCUGAGAAAGAUAUGGAGGAGAGACGACGUGUCUUGGAACAAAAAACGCAAGAGAGUCAGAAGAAGAAGCAGAACCAAGAUGACUCAGAUGACGAUGAUGAUGAUGAAGCCGGGCCGUCCUUCCAGCAACCAGCUGCCCAACCCCAAGCUGCAUAUGUCCCCCCUAUGACCCAAGCAGGCAUGCCUCCUGUGCCAGCUGCACCAGGGAUGCCACCAGGGGCCUAUGCGGGUAUGCCCCCAAUGAUGCCUGGUGUUCCUCCUAUGAUGCCAGGAAUGCCGCCGGGCAUGCCAGGCAUGCCACCAGGCAUGAUGCCAAUGGGUGGAAUGAUGCCACCAGGGCCAGGAAUGCCACCCAUGAUGCCAGGCAUGCCACCGGGAAUGCCCCCACAUGUGGCCCAUCGGCCCGGCAUGCCCCACAUGGGGCAGGGUCCUCCGUCCGUCCCAGGCAUGCUGAACAGACCCGCCAUGCCCACUGCCACCGCCUCCUCGGUCCAGCCGGUGGUCACCAAGCCCCUGUUCCCCAGCGCAGGACAGAUGGGAACUCGGGCUCCAAGUACAAGUACACCCUCAGCGAGUGUCGACACUCUGUCUGCAUCCUCUAAGCCUCUGUUCCCUAGCACAGCACAAGCUCAGCAAGCGGGUUCUGGAGCGGCCGGGGCCGACAUGAAGGCCCUGAGCACCCCAGCUACCUCCUCGGACCCGGCCAAGCCCACGUUCCCCGCCUACACUCAGUCCACUGCCCCGGCAGCUGGCUCGGGCGCGGGGAGUACCGUGUCCAAACCGCCCACUCCCGUGACCAGUAAGCCUGCCACACUCACCACCACCAGUGCAACCAGUAAGUUGAUGCACCCCGAUGAGGAUAUCUCGCUGGAGGAAAUCCGAGCUCAGUUGUCCAGAUACCAGAGUAAAAUGCCCCGGCCGGGGCAGGCCGCCAUGGCCAGCCCGCCUGUUGCCCCCAUGAGUGGGAUGAUUCCCCCGCAGCAGGGCUUGCCACCACAGCAGCCAGGUGUGCGGCACCCCAUGCAUGGGCAGUAUGGUGCUCCACCCCAAGGCAUGCCAGGGUAUAUGCCUGGUGGCAUGCCUCCUUACGGGCAGGGGCCGCCCAUGGUGCCCCCUUAUCAAGGAGCACCACCACGGCCGCCCAUGGGCAUGAGGCCUCCUGUCAUGUCACAGGGAGGUCGCUUCUGAAGCCCUCCACCAACCAACUGCCUGUCUGCAAUAGGUUUGGAGAUUCAUCCAUUUUCUCAUCUAGUGCUGUUUAUUUAGUUGCCAAGUUGCCAGUAACGGUAAAUGUAAAUUCUACUUGCGCUUGUGAGAGAAAAAAGAAAAAAAAAACUGGGGGAGGAGAGAAAAAAAAAAAAGCUUAACAACGCAUGGGACAUUUGCAUUUGAAAAACAACUAAGAAAAGAAAUGAAAGCAUUUUCUCUUCAUCUGCACCUGAUGGAAUCUGUUGUUGCAAAAUCAUACUGUGUGUGUGUGUGGCUUUUUUCUCCUCUUAUGUUCCAUUUAGGUUUUUAGAAGUGUAGUAAAUAUGGUUCGUAAUGUUUUGAAGGCGCUGGAGUUACAUGAACAGGCCCUCCUUAAACAAGGCAAGUCUCUGUAAAUACCUGUCCUGUGCUUAUUAUCUGCGAGGCCUUCACAGCGCGCUUAGGUGCUGUUGGACCUCCGUGUCCCCAACUGAGUUUGGUGAGGGCUUCCUCAGGUAGCUGUUGUGUCUUGUCUGCUUGUCCACCUUUUAUUUAACCUAAAAAAAAUCUCUUUAUUUGAAUUCAGCUUCAAAGUAAAUCUGAAAAAAAAGAAAAAAAAAACACGGUCACACACUAAACUGUUUCUGUGAAUUUGAUUUCUGUACUGCUGUAAGACUCUACCCCUUGUAAUAAAACAUGUUGAAAACUUAAGACUGUUUUUUCAUGGCCGUGGGGAAAGGACUCCGUCAGCAAGGUUUGUACUUUGAGUUGUUAGAAACUGCAGGCUCAGCUGAACUUACUUGAAUGGAAAUGUGUGUGUAUCCAAUGUUGUGUUAUUUCUCUCCCUCUCUUUAAGAACCACUGAAGUGUAUGUCUUGAGUGGUAUUUGGCCAUCCACAUUGUAAAUGUUGCCACCCUGCAGAUCUGGGUUUGAAAGGAUGUAGUUAUUUUUUUAAACUACUCAACAGGGUGGGGAGUGCAGUCCACAGCAUUGAAAUUGUCCUCCAGUUGCAGGGUUGGCAUUUAUGAAUAUGGAUGCUCCUAAUCACCAUGAGAUUGCUCUUGCAUGGCUCUGUUGUCAGACACUGACAUUGUUUUUUCCUAUUCUGAUUUAUUUUUUUGUUUGCUUUCAAAAAACAAAAAAUCACUGUACAUUCAGAUGGGUUGUAAAUGUUAUGCCCAUCCGAAAGCAAAACCUAAUAUCCAUCUUAAUAGGUAGGAUUAUCUGGCAUCAUUGAUUUUCUUUCUUUCUUUUUUUUUUUCUCAGUGUUGUGAAUUUAGUGUUUAUGUGGCCUUUUGGAUGCAUAACUUCACAGCGCCUACGAGUGCUUUUUUACAGUUAGAAGGUGUUGAAAGACGUGGCUGAUGUGCUAAACUCCAGAUCUCUCUUCCCCUCCCCUCUGUAGCUAUGCCAUGGAACUGGCAGAGGCAGAGUCUUGAGGGUUGCUCUGGUCAGGCCGAGGCAAGUCAGUCCUUUUUUUUCCUCCCUCAUUCUCCUGUCCACUCCAGGGGCCCUCACAGCUCUCAGGGCUGUUGGAUGCCUGCGUCCCCAAACUUGCAGCAAGUUUGGUGAAGGCCCUUGAAUCUGUUCACUGUAGGCACUGCCACUGACUAACCACUUUACUCAUGCAAGUUCCUUGUCAAUAUGCAUAGUUAUUAGUUUGGGUGGGAUUAGUUGGUAAUUGCAUAGACUAAGCAAAUGGCACCUUUUUGGCGUUGUUGGGAUUGGCAAAUGUCUUGUAGUUUAAAUGGUGGCUCAGUGACAAAAUCUGAGCACAGAUUUGACCUAGUAAUAAGAGGGGUUGUAACUAAGUGUAAGUGACCUUGCCCAGUGUAAGUGAUAUAGGUCCAGCUCAUGUGAUCAGGCAGUUUAUUCUUAACAGGUACAAACACCUCUCGGUCAUUGUAAAUCAAACUUGCAAACAUGCAGCCAUGUCAUGUAGUAGAACAGCACUACCAAGAAUUGCAGCACCAUCCCCACUACCCUUACUGCCCACUGCCCAAAAUUAGCACUGAGAAGCCACAUGUCAACCAGCUGUUCUCUGUACUGAGUGAAGUGUGAAACGAUUCAAACACAUGGUCCAUGUCAUUCAUGUGCUCUUUGUCUCCAUCAGCUGACCAACAAACAGCAUUUCAGCACUCGCUAUUAGCUGGUCAGAGUCGAGAGUGUCGCCAUUACAGGUUAGUUUGUCCUGUAAGUAUCAGACUCGGGGCUAGCAUAGUUCUGUUCUGUCAUGUUCAGGCACUAGCAGCUGUAAUUAUUGACAAAGGACUGGACACACAUUGUCCCUUUUUGAAGUUGUGGUACCACAUUGGUAUUUUUGACUCUGUAACAUGUAACUUAACACAAACCACAGUAUUAGUGCAUGCAGUGUAUGUGGAUUUCCCACUUAUGUGAUGCAAGUCUCUGGGGAAGAUGGCGUGAGUGUGAAGCGUUUGUAAGCUCCAUCUAAUCCUGUAGUGCCUUUGAUUCCUCUGAUCCAGCCGUGUCACCCCCGAGGCAGGGAUUCAGGGUCUGCUAACAGACUUUUUUGGUAAGUACAGGUGAAUCCAGCCUUUUGGUGUCAAAACGUGUUGGCAUAGGAGGUCAGAGACUUGAAUGACAGGGAAUGACAUCUCAGACAGGUAGAACUUUUACCUGAUGGUUCUCCGGCAUUUCCCUGGCAUUCAUCGAGAACUGCUCCAAUGUGUUUGUAAUGCAGUCAGUUCAAACAUGGGAAGGUGCAGAGUGCUUCAUUAAAUGCUUCUUCUUGUAGGUCCUCCUCCUCUUUACUUAAUUAUCUCAUACUUCUUGGCAUAUGUGCUUGGAAAGGGAUUUUUUUUUCAAAGUAUCUAAUGGAAUUCCCUUCACACAUAUUUCUCUUUUUUUAAUUUCCUCCCCAUGUCCUCUCCUUCAGGGCAUCCCUCUUAAAGCCCCUGUUUCUGUUUAGAGCUGUGAGCUACUACUUGGCAUCUUAUUGGAGUGCCCAUUAAUUAGAUCACUGGGGUCAGGAAUUCUGCUGUAAACGUGAUGAGCACCGUCAGACCUUGCAGACUUGUUCUUUGUUACCUAAAUGUAGAGCUCUCUUGUGGUCAUCUUUCUCUGUACGUUUUAGAACGUUUCUUGUACAUCAAUGGUCCAUCUUGUAUUUUUCGCCAAAUCCCAUUAAUUGCAACCAGCUGUAGCAGAAAAUUCCUCCUAUGGAAAUCAUGUUCUACCAACAUGAUUUCCCCAUGUGAAACACUUACAUUUAGCAUCUACUUUUGCUUCUCUGUUGAAAUAAGAAAUUACUUAUCAUUAAGAGAUGUAUAUAUUCUGUAAUAUCUAUUAUUCUGUCCUGUCUAUAACAUGUUAUGUAUUGCACAGAAAAGCACAUUUUUGCACUUAGAGGGUUAAAUGUUUCCAUUUUUAAUGGUUAUAACUGACAUUCUUCUCUUAAGUAUCACAUUGCAGAGUAUCAGUAUGGCACCAAAUGAGCAAUUCUUUUUGACUGCCAUUGCAUUUUGACUGCUGUAGUCAGUGUAGAGGUUUUGGUUGUAACAUCAUGAAUGUGCUUCAGAAAUAUAUUAGACAUACAGCACUGUGCAAGUCUAAGCCAUUUGUUUCAGAGGUUUGUUUUAGAUUUGGUUUGUUUAGGUUUUUUUGUACUGUACUCACCACUGAUGGUAGGAUUAUAUUUUGAAAAUACAGUAAAGUACAGUAGAUGUUUUGGUAAUUCCACUGACGUACGUCAUUAAAGAUGUAAAUUAAGAGUAGUAGACCACAUUGUUAAUAUUUUUUAAAACAUUUUUAAAUUUAAAAACUAAUCGGUUUCUGGAGUUCCAAACCAGUGUAACUAUUGCAAAAAAAACAAAUUAGAAUAAAUCCACUGAAGAACUUCAGCUGUAUGUUCUCUUAAAAGAACUUGCCAAGUAGGCUACCUUUUAUGAAAUUGGAAAUGCAGGUACACUGAUGCUGUUUUGUUACAGUAGUUUUUCCAAGCUAUUGUAACUAUUACACAAAAAAACUAAGGAUCAGAAUAAACCCACUGAAGAAUGUUCUCUUAAAACAACUUACCUGCCAAGUACCUGUUUAAGAAAUUGUACAUGCUUGCAAAUUGAUGCUGUUACAGUAUGAAGACUAUGAAUGGGCACACCAAAUGUUUCUUUUCUUUUGUUUUUUUUUUGUUAUUUGAUAGUAAAAAGUAUUCAUACACAAACAAUGUCAAUGUUUUGGAAGAACCUUCAUGAAUAUUUUUCAAGUGCGUAAAACUUGCACAGUGCUGUAACUUCACAAGUGAACAUGAGUUAAACAUAUUUGCCAUCAGUGAAAGUAGAUGCAGUCCUGAAAGUUAUUUUAUCAAGUCAAAGGCACACAUGUUGCAAAAGGACCUUUUUCUAAUAUAUUGAAUACAUUGUGCGCAUAGAGGUAGGUCACUGCAAAUAUCAAAUAUGUCAGUCAGUGACCAGUUAGUUACAGUUAAGCACACAUGUUAUAAAUGUUCAUUUGAAAUGUUAAGCCGUUGUACUGGAUCGCUGGCUGUUACGGUACGUUGAAAACCCAUACCAUUCUAUUUUGUCCUUCCUAAUAGGAAAGAAUUUCAAUUGUCAGCAUAAGGCAGGUCUGAAUCAUGUUAAAAUGAUCCAAUAAGGCACUUAAUCACUAAAGGAAACUAACUAAGAUUGGCUGCUCAAAUGUUUUAUACAUUAAAUAACCUGUGUUUGAGAUAUAGUUGCACUUUGCAGCUUUGGAACCUUUGCCAAAAAGGUACUGUAUCUGUCAGGUAAUUUCUCAUUGAUAGAAUUUUUAAACAUUUGCCCCAUUUGUGUGCUUUGGUCAGUGCAAGUUGUGUAUAAUGUGAUACAUUUUUACUUACUUAACGCAGUUGGUGUUUCACUGUUUGACAGUUAUUUGAUGUACUUCUGUUGCACCAGCUUUGUCAUCUCCAUGCCUAAAAAUGAUAAAUGUGUGAACAUGCUUUGAAUUGACAUGGCUGAACGAAUGAACUGCUAGUUUUAACUAAAUAAACAAACUUUCUUUGACCCCACAA